UAGAUCUUUUUUUAAUGGUAUAUCGCAUGUGUGCCGUUUUGUUUACCACACUCGAUGCAUGUUUGAAAAUAGCAUUACAUGUUAUUUUUUGUUAAUAUACGUUGAGAUAAAGCAACCAGAGAGGAAGUAUACGACUCCAGUAACCUCAUCAUACAGUUGAUUUCUGAAUUAUUUCAAUUUUUAGAGUACAUAAGUACCCUUGAUAACAAUGGCUGAUGCUGACUUUGAAGAACAGCUAAAACUUGAAGAGUUAGAAAGAAAAAAGAAGGAACUUAGUGAAGAAGGGAUUUCAGAUCCUUAUACUUAUGUAGAUCCUAAAGAUGGAACUGUAUAUGAAUGGGAUGUUCAGAAACAAGCUUACUUCCCUAAAAUAGAUGAUGACUUCAUUGCAAAAUAUCAAUCAAAUUACAAUUAUCAAGGUCCUUCAGAAGAAACAGCUAAUGCUGACAGUACUGCAUCUGCAUCAGAACAACAUGGAGAAAAACGUAAAGCCAGUGAACCAAGUUGGUUUGAAGUAGAUGAUGCACACAAUACAAAUGUCUAUGUAACUGGAUUACCUCAGGACAUAACAGAACAAGAGUUUGCAGAUCUGAUGGGUAAAUGUGGGCUAGUCAUGAAAGACCCAGCCACUAUGAAAUACAGAGUGAAACUAUACCGAGAAAAUGGACAGUUGAAAGGUGAUGGAUUGUGUUGUUAUAUAAAGAUUGAAUCUGUCUCAUUAGCUCUAGAUAUUUUGGAUGGUUAUGUAUAUAAAGGAAAGACUCUUCAUGUGGAAAGAGCUAAAUUCCAAUUGAAAGGCCAAUAUGAUCCGAGUAAGAAACCCAAAAAAAUGAAGCCAAAAGAAAAAGAAAAGAUGAAAAAGAAAAGAGAAAAAUUGUUUGAAUGGGGAUUUGAGAAGCUCCGUGGUGAACGAUCUAAAAAUGAAAAAACUGUCAUUAUUAAAAACAUGUUUGAUCCAAAGGAAUUUGAUGAGGAUGCUACUUUGCUUUUAGAUUAUCAGAAUGAUAUUAGAGAAGAAUGCUCAAAAUGUGGAGAAGUUAAAAAAGUUGUAAUAUAUGAUCGCAAUCCAGAAGGUGUUGUUUCUGUUACAUUUACUGAACCUGAAAUGGCUGAUGAAUGCAUAAACCUUAUGAAUGGACGUUGGUUCGCUGGACGCCAGCUCACUGCAGUAACGUGGGAUGGUAAAACAAAGUAUAAAGUCAUUGAAACUGAAGAGGAACGUCAGAAACGACUACAAAAGUGGGAAAAAUUCUUGGAAGAGAAAGACUCUGAAGGAGGAGACAAAUCCAAAGCACAGACAGAUUCUCAAAAUAAACAGAAAGAUCCUAAAUUAAGUGUUCCAAGUAAUGCUUAUGAACUUGCUGGUGAAACAGAUAGCUCUGGUGAUUCAGAUGGUGAAGAUGCUGCCAAAACACCGGCUCCGCAAGAAAGUUAUCCAGUCAUGCAGGCUAAUGGUGGACUGUCUUUUGGUGCACGUCCAUCAAACCAGAACAAAUCUUGAAAUAAUUACUUUUAAUGCUGUUAAUUACUCAUUAUUGUGAAUAAAUCAUCUUUAUUUAAUCUCA